CAAAUAGCUGUCAGGUGGUAUUUAAGAGCAGGAUACUCCGGGGGUUGGUCUACGUUCAAUGGCCGUUGUUUCCUCUACAUUCCAAGCCCAAUGACCUGGGCUAAAGCUGAGAAAAACUGAGUCCAUGGGAGGAAACCUUGCGUCCGUUCACAACAUCCUGGAAUAUCAAGAGCUUCAGAGGCUGAUCAAGGCCAACAGUCAUGAGGACAAAGUAACCUGGAUUGGAGGCACUGAUGCACAAGAGGAAAAGAAAUGGCUCUGGAGCGAUGGCACACCUUUCAACUACUCCACCUGGUGUGGUGGAGAGCAUAAUAACCUCGGGGGCAGGCAGAAUUGUUUGCAAAUAAAUGUUGGAGCUCAGAAAUGCUGGGAUGACAUGCCGUGCGACUCACAAAGACCGUCUGUCUGCGCCAAGAAACCCUGAUGAUGCCUGGUCUGACACCAUAAUGUACCUGUAAAAAGCCCAAACACUGGGGGAGGUGUGUUUGUGUUUCUGCCUUUCAAUACAUCUGUCUUUACUCCGUCAGUCUCACAUCUGAGCUGAACGGUCUCAUUUAAGUUUCAUAUCUUUAUUUCUGUUCUAUCGCUGUAACGCUACUUAAGGAAGGAAGCGACAGGUGACAAUAAGGAGCUGGACUUUCUCUGAGGCUUUUUGCCUUUAAUAAGAGCAGACUGAAUGUGUUAUGAAAUGAUUGCUUUUAGCACAACCUGACAUGUAUUCUUUUAGAGU